GUCUAAAUAUCCGUUUUAACUCAACUGGACCUGAGAAAAAUCUAACUAGACUAAGGAUCGAAGAAGGCCUUUCUCUUGUUGGUGCUUCAGAAAACAAUUGGCAUGAAGAAAUUCUAGAAGCAUACUCUAGGUUCUGGAAAAAUAAUCUAGCAA